AUGCAUCUGGUCCCCAGAGAGCUCGAUAAGCUCGUCAUCUCGCAGCUGGGCCUCCUCGCUCAGAGGAGACUAGCACGUGGAGUCAGGCUCAACCACACUGAGGCAACGGCCCUCAUCGCCAAUAACCUCCAGGAGCUCAUCCGCGAUGGAAACCACAGCGUGGCCGACCUCAUGUCCCUGGGGGCCACCAUGCUGGGCCGCCGUCACGUCCUCCCCUCCGUGUGCAGCACCCUGCACGAGAUCCAGGUAGAGGGCACGUUCCCCUCGGGCACGUACCUGGUGACGGUGCACAACCCCAUCAGCAGCGACGACGGAGACCUGGACCGUGCCCUGUACGGGAGCUUCCUUCCCGUGCCUGCCAACGCGGACGAGCUCUUCCCCGCCAUCGACAAGGAUGACUACCAGCCGAGUCGGGUCCCGGGGGCCGUGGUGGUGGUCAAGAACACAAAGGUGGCCAUCAACGAGGGCAGGAAGCGCAUCCGCCUGGGCGUGUCGAGCAAGGGAGACCGUCCCAUCCAGGUCGGAUCGCACUACCACUUUGUCGAGACGAACCCGCAGCUCGACUUCGACCGGGCCAAGGCGUACGGUUUCAGACUGGACAUUCCCGCAGGAACAUCGGUGCGCUUCGAGCCGGGAGACACAAAGACGGUCACUCUCGUCGAGAUCGGCGGCAGCAGGAUCAUCCGCGGCGGUAACAACCUCGCCACGGGUCCCGUCGACCUGGGACGGGUGGACGACAUCGUCCUGAAGCUGCAGCAGGCCGGCUUCGCCCACACGCCCGACGACUCGCCGCGCCCGGCACUCGUCGACGCCUCCACCAUGGACCGCGCCGCCUACGCCACCAUGUUCGGCCCCACGACGGGUGACACCGUCCGCCUCGGCGCCACGGACCUCUGGAUCAAGAUCGAGCGUGACCUGACCGUGUACGGCGACGAGUGCAAGUUUGGCGGAGGAAAGACGCUGCGAGAAGGCAUGGGGCAGGCCUCGGGCCGGUCCGACGACGAGGUGCUCGACAUGGUCGUGACCAACGUCAUCAUCCUUGACUGGACAGGCAUCUACAAGGCCGACAUCGGCGUCAAGGCCGGCAUGAUUGUCGGCAUCGGAAAGGCCGGUAACCCGGACGUCAUGGACGGCGUCGCGCCCAACAUGGUCGUCGGCAGCUGCACCGACGUCGUGGCCGGAGAGGGCAAGAUCAUCACGGCGGGCGGCAUCGACACGCAUAUCCACUUCAUCUGUCCGCAGCAGACGGACGAGGCGCUCGCGUCAGGAAUCACCACGAUGCUCGGUGGCGGUGUCGGACCUAGCGCAGGGACGAACGCCACGACGUGCACACCCGGCAAACACUACAUGAGGCAGAUGCUCCAGGCAUGCGACACGCUGCCGCUCAACUACGGCAUCACCGGUAAGGGCAACGACAGCGGGGCGACGGGACUGCGCGAGCAGGUGCGGGCGGGCGCGUGCGGGCUGAAGCUCCACGAGGACUGGGGCAGCACGCCGGCGGCGAUAGACGCAUGUCUGAGCGUGUGCGACGAGCUGGACGUGCAGUGCCUGAUCCACACGGACACGCUCAACGAGUCCGGCUUCGUGGAGUCGACCCUGGCGGCUUUCAAGGGCCGCACCAUCCACACGUACCACACCGAGGGGGCGGGAGGCGGGCACGCGCCGGACAUCAUCUCGGUGGUGGAGCACGACGCCGUGCUGCCCUCGUCGACCAACCCCACGCGGCCCUUCACGCGCAACACGCUCGACGAGCACCUCGACAUGCUCAUGGUGUGCCACCACCUGUCCAAGAACAUCGCCGAGGACGUGGCCUUUGCCGAGUCACGCAUCCGCGCCGAGACCAUCGCCGCCGAGGACGUGCUGCACGACCUGGGCGCCAUCAGCAUGAUGAGCUCCGACUCCCAGGCCAUGGGCCGCUGCGGCGAGGUCAUCCUGCGCACCUGGAACACGGCCCACAAGAACAAGGUCCAGAGGGGCUCCCUCCCCGAGGACCAGGGCUCCGGCGCCGACAACUUUCGCGUCAAGCGCUACGUCUCAAAGUACACGGUCAACCCGGCCAUCGCCCAGGGCUUCAGCCACAUCAUCGGCAGCGUAGAGGUUGGCAAGCUGGCCGACCUGGUGCUCUGGGAUCCUGCCUGGUUCGGCACGAAACCCUUCCAGGUGAUAAAGAGCGGUAUAAUAGCUUAUGCUCAAAUGGGCGACCCCAACGCUUCCAUCCCCACCAUCCAACCCAUCAUCGGCAGACCCAUGUUCGCCCCUCUUGUCCCCCAGACGAGCAUCCUCUUCGUGUCGGCAUCGAGCAUCGAGUCCGGCGCCAUAGACUCGUACAACCUCAGGAGCCGCGUCGAGGCCGUCAGGGGCUGUCGGAACAUCGGCAAGAGGCACAUGAAGUACAAUGAUGCCCAGCCACGCAUGAGGGUCGACCCGGAGAGCUAUACCGUCGAGGCGGACGGGGUGGUAUGCGAGGCUGAGCCGUCGGAUAGCUUGCCUCUCACGCAGGCCUAUUUUGCCUACUAG